AUGAUCUCAGUUAGUGGACGCUACAUGAUCUUGUUUAAGUAUCCGCUAUUGAGAGCUCCAUUCGGACAGAAAAUCAACGAGCCGCCGGCGUUCCUCCGGCCCCAGAGCCGCCUGCGGACGUUCGCCGGAGAGAACUUUGUCUUCCAGUUGGCAGCAUCGGACCCCGAGGGCUCAGCGCUCCUCUUCCAGCUGGAGGAGGGGAUUGACGUGGUGCCGUGUGGCUGUCAGAACGGAGGUACCUGCGUGACGGACGUCAGUUUCCCAGCCGGCAGCGGGACGUACCUGUGUGUGUGUCCCGAGGGAACGCAGGGCGAUCUCUGUGGCGAGGACGCGGACGGAUGUCUCUCAGCGCCAUGCACGGUCGGCAGAUGCAUCAACGCAGCCGGCGGCGGGUACCGCUGCCAGUGUCCCACGGGGCUGAGAGGUGUAACAUGCCUGGAAGAUAUCAAUGAGUGUGAAAGGAAGCCGUGUUUCCCAGGAGUCCAGUGCUUCAACAGCUUCGGUUCCUAUGGCUGCGGCCCAUGCCCCAAAGGCAUGCUGGGAAAUGGGACAGUAUGUACAGCAGUCGCCAGGUCAGUCCCUGUCCCUCCCACAUCUGCUUCUCGUACGACGCUCUACAAAAUACCAGAUGUUCUACAGCAGCCACCCAUAGGAAAGACAGACACUUUCCGGAAGACCUCAAGUGGUAGCUCCCCGCAGACAAAGGCUGAGAAGACUAUUCCAAGGAUUGAUCCGAACCGAUCACAAACUAAGACCACUACUUGGAGACGGAUUCCAGGAAUGAGUCUGAACCCGACACUCACUCAGGCAGAAACUAACAAGAGCAUCACAGCAGUUACACCAAUCCUGUCCCAAACAAACACUAAUGCUUUGAGAAGAAGCCCAGGAAUUAAACUUCACCCAUCCACGUCUAACACGGACACUUUCAACAAUGUCUCAGGAACGACACCGGAGCGAGUCAAGCCUGAUCAGCCCAAAAUCAGCAACACUAUUGCCAAGACAUCCACUGUAGCCCCACCUUCGAGAAGUGGCGGAUCAGCUUCAGGAUCUGGUCAGUCUCCGGUUGUGAAUGUGUCCGCUACGUGUGCCAGCAGGCCCUGCUUCCCCGGGGUUCAAUGCAUCAACCGCAGGCCGCCACACGUGGGCUACGUCUGCGGCCGUUGCCCGCCCGGCCUUUACGGCAACGGACGGGUCUGCAUGAAGAACGCCAAGGCAGCAUCCAAUCACCUUCCUCAGCAGCAGGCUGUUGUCAAGACCGGCCGCUCCCCGCAAGGAGGCAGCGGCAAAGUCUCACAGCUGCACCUGCCCAACCUGCCCACCAGGCACGGCAUCAAACACCUGUCAUGGUCCGUCACCAGAGCCAACCGAGAGAAUGCUCCACGCCAGGUUCCCGCUUCGGGGAGGGGAGGCGGGACGGAGAGGAGAGAGGCGGUCACUGUUGCUUCAAGAGAUGUUGCCAGAACAUCAGUCGGCGCCCUCCACAGUGCUGACCUCAGAUCAGACGCCAGGACGUACACCAGAUCUAGCACAACUAUCUCCGAGAAGGUUCUGGUGCCCAGUGUGACGGUCUCCAAGUCUGAAGCAGCAUUGACUGGUGCCACAUCUUCGAAGGUAACACCGCGCUCUCCUCACCUAUCUACUCAGUCUGGCAAGGUAACGCAGUCCAAACAGCCAACCCAGCCCCAGCUCAAACAUCUGGCAUCCACCCAAACCAAACCCUGGACCCCUGCCAGACCUGCCCUCCCCCUGACAGCGGCCCUCACCGCUCUGUCGUACUCGCUGUCUGAGUCAGAGUUCUCUGCAGAUGGAGAUGAGGCCGUGCCUGGAUCUGAAGGCCCAGAGGUGCUGGCGUUCACAACGCCGGGCAAGACGGUGUACAGCUCUCAGCUACAAAGAGCCCCCUCCAUCCAGCCAGGGGUUAGGAGUGGAACAACGGCCGACAAACAUGUGAAAACCUGCGCCGACCGCCCAUGUUUCCCCGGCGUCCCGUGUGAACCAGCCUGGGAUGAGGGGUUCCGCUGCGGCAGGUGUCCUGUAGGAUACACCGGAGACGGACGAGCCUGUCGAGCUGUUUGCAGGCAUACGUGUGGUCGGAACAUGGAGUGUGCCGCGCCCAACACGUGCCGCUGCAAGCCAGGCUACACUGGAGUUGAAUGCCAGACAGCAAUCUGUGAGCCGGACUGUAUGAACGGAGGUGUUUGCGUUGCGCCCGCCGUGUGUCGCUGUCUCGGAGGGUUUCACGGAGAAACCUGUCAGGAAGCUCUGUGCAGGUUACCGUGUGAAAACGGAGGCACCUGUGUGGGACUGCACACCUGUUCAUGUCCGUACGGGUUUGUUGGACCUCGAUGUGAGACCAUGGUGUGCAGCCGCCACUGUCACAACGGAGGCCAGUGUGUGUCUCCAGACGAGUGCCGGUGUCCGACAGGCUGGACCGGGCCGACCUGUGAGACUGCUCUCUGCUCGCCCGUGUGUCUAAACGGAGGUUGGUGUGUUCGGCCCAAUACUUGCGAGUGUCCUCACGGUUUCUACGGGCUGCAGUGUCAGAACGCGUUCUGCAGUCCUCCCUGUAAGAACGGCGGCCGGUGUAUAAGAAACAACGUGUGCUCCUGUCUGCAGGGAUACAUCGGGAGGCGAUGCGAGAGAAGCGUGUGUGAGCCCGUGUGUAUGAACGGUGGCAGGUGUGUCGCUCCAGAUGUUUGCGAUUGUCCGUCAGGUUGGCGAGGAAAGAUCUGUGAUAAACCCAGCUGUCUGCAGACAUGUCUGAACGGAGGCGAGUGUGUGGGAGCCAACGCCUGCCGCUGCGCCGCGGGAUGGUGCGGCACGCUGUGUCACAUCCCUCACUGUGAACAGAAGUGUCUCUACGGCAGCCGGUGCGUCCGGCCCAACGUCUGCGCCUGCCGGAGCGGAUCCUCCGCCGCUCUCUGCUCCACGAGGCUCCCUAUCCCCCGAGGUUGAGGCCCAACAAACAGCCAGAGUUCAAUCCGCGCCGAUAAUUCAACCUUCCGAUGAAACGGAGCAUCGUCAGUAGAAAAGCCCGAAAUGUCUCUCCACUGGGAAAUAAAAGUCUCUCUGAGACUAUCUCGCCUUGUACUUGACAGAGAUAAAGACGUCCACAAUGCUUCUUUCUCCAGACUCCUACAUAACGUUAUAAAAGUCUGUGGCACCGUUUUCUCUUCUUCCAUACAUGAAGCAAACACCUGGGUUGUGAUCAGGACUUUACAAGCAGCUAUUCCAUGCACUGGUCAGGCUAAUCAUUUCAAAACUGCAGUUGGGGAGAGUUUUUAACUGGAAGUUCCAUUGUGUUCAGGUUCAAACUACAAACCUCUGUAUGAGUAUUUAUUUAUUUGGUUGUUUUAUAUUGUCACAUAUUUCUUGUUGUAUAUACUGUAUCUUAAAGGGUAAUUUCAGGUUGUUGUUUUUUUUAAACCUGGACCCUAUGUUCCCGUGUUGUUGUACCUUUGGAGCAACAACCUUUGAAACUGGUCCAGUAUUAAGCGAGAACGCUGUAAACAGCAGCUAUAAUGUAACCAUACGGGACAGAUAUUCAGCAGCAGUUAGAGUCCACUAAAAGUUCUAUUGUUGCUGCUGAGAGACUCAUAUUAUUAUUCUAAGUGUCUGACAACAUUAUAGAAAGGAUCUUACUCUUUAACUAAAAGCUCUAAGAUCCUUUUAGUUUAACAUGAAACUGC